GAGACAAAAAUGCGACUCUUACUGGCAUAUGUCAAACACAUAAUCUAUGCCGCGUUGAUCGCACCAACAUACUAAUAUUAAUCUCGGCACACUUAAUUCACUAAUGGAAGUCGCUCAUCGAAGCGAGCGUGAACAGCUCGCUGCUCUUGUAGAGCAAUGGAAUGAAAAUCGGCUAGAUUUAUUCCAUUUGAGCUAUCCCACAGAGGAUCUGGAGAUUGAGGGAGUCAUGCGAUUCUAUUUCCAAGAUGGCGGAGAGCGCGUGCUCACUAAAUGUGUGCGCGUGUCCAGCACAGCUACCACUCGUGCAGUCGUUGAAGCUUUAGCGGAGAAAUUUCUUCCUGAUUUGAAAAUGCUCUCGGAUGACAAUUAUAGCCUGUGGGAGGUUCACGAAAGUGGAGGUGAACGGCGACUAGAUGACGAAGAAAAACCUUUGCUUGUGCAGUUAACGUGGCAUCGAGACGAUCGAGAAGGAAGGUUUUUAUUGCGGAAGAAUCGUCAAGGCUCGAUACCUCUAUCGACCAUACAGUUACCCAGUGAUGAGGAGAUACGAAGAAACAAUAAACGUUUCUCGAAGAGAGAGAAGAAGGAGGUCAAGAAGAAGCAUCAGAAGGACAUAAUAACAGUCAACAGCGGACGAGAAGAGGCGACUGGUCCCAUAACUGAUCUCUACUGUCAAGUACCUCCAAAUUCUUUCACAAGGACCAUCUCUAAUCCGGAAGUGGUCAUGAAGAAGAGGAGAGAGAAGAAGCUGGAAACGAAACUAAAAGAGAUGGGGCACGGCGGAAGUCUGAAAAUAUACGGCGGUGAAUUAGUGCCGUCGCGACCGUAUGUGACCAUCCUUGUCUCAAUGCACGAUCGAGCAGACAAGAUCCUUGCAGAAGCUCUAGAAAAAUAUUCCAUCGAUCCCAGCAGCGCGUCGGACUACGUGCUUGUUGAAUUGACCACAUCGCAACAAAGCCACAGCCUUUCGGAUUUGCGUGACAUUCCAUCUGAGGGUCGAAUUGUGGAACCGGAUGAAGCACCGUUGAUGCUAAUGGCUUCGAGAGAGCAAGGUUAUCCAGAAACCUAUCUAGCUCUAAGGAAGAAACCUAGCGGCUAUCGAGGCUCUCGUGUGUUCAUCCGAGACUCUUACCACCAAAAUGCUGCCGAGCAGCAGCCACCUAAUCCUUCUCCUACGAUGUCGCGACAACCACAGCUGCAUUUCUUGGCAAUGGAUGGUUCGCCCGUUAACCCGCCAAGAUCUUUAACUAUUAGCAGUGGAGUAACAGAAGUGGGAAGCGAUCGCGCCUUAUCACAGUUCUCACCUCAGAAUAUCUGCCUCGACGGACCGGAAAUGCGUGGAAGACAUUGUGUUAUCACGUAUAUGGACGGUGUGGUUACGAUCACACCAAGCGCAGCAGACGCUAUCAUAGAGGUCAAUAACCGCGCAAUUGGGCAGACUGAAAUUCUGCAAGAUGGUGAUUUACUUCGAAUGGGACAAGUAAAUCUGUUUCGUUUUGUGAGCAAUAGUAAGCCGCGAGACGUUGAUCAGCUCCAACAUUCCGACUAUAGCACCCUUUCACAUGCGAUGAUGAACGUAGCCAGCCUUAACGGCCCACCCACAACCACCCGACGUCAAAGUGCAGACGCUGGAAUGAGUGCGCCUAAUGUGCAAAGUUUGGCCCCAAUUGGCGCCACGCAGGUUUUGAAUGGAGCGCUUCCUAGCUCUGGGAUAAAUCUACCUGUAUCAUUACAAAUAGGCGAUUAUAAAGUGUGGGACUACUUGGUUGAGGUGAUGUCGCGAGGAUGGUCAGAUUCUGGCCAAUUUCGCCUUUCUCCUGCUUACUCGCUCUACUUGGCGCUGCGAUUUUUCCAGUCGCACUCGAAACCUUACCUAGUGCAAUUUUUUACGCGCAUUGCUCAUCAUAUGAAUCAGAUAUCGCAGGAAUGCACAUCUCGCGAUGAGUUAUUAUUUUGGUUGGCGAACGCUAGUGAGCUCUCUUACCUAGUAGAUCGUGAUCCAGAUCUAAGAACGCCAAGGUCUGGACAACUUGGUAAUGUAGUAGAAACGGUUUUCCGUCGUUUGUGUACGGUGCUUUUGGGUGCGCUUCGACCAGCUUGCAAACCCAUGCUCGAUGUGAACAUCCCGGUGGAAGAUGGAAGCAACGAACUUCUCACUCUUCUGGAUGGCACCCUUCGCGCUGCUCGUGCCUCUCGUCUAAAUGCAGCCUUAACCAUCCAGUUAUGUAGUCAUGUUCUACAUGCCAUUAACGCAACCUUGUUCAACUCUCUGGUCGGUGUAGCAACCAGUAGCGUGCAGCUGACGACCCGUCUUGGAAAAUGUCUGCAAGCAAGGCUGGCUGCUAUACAUGGGUGGGCAGAACAAAUGGGAGUUGAAUUGGCCGCCGAAUGCCAUUUGGACAGAAGUCGACAGGCAGCGACUCUUUUGGCUGCUCAGAAGAACGACGUGGCUGCACUCGGAGCAACUUGCUAUAAAUUGAAUAGUCUACAGGUUCGCCAUUUGCUCACACAUUUUAUUGCUCAAGACGGAGAGAUUCCCUGCGAUAAUGACGUGAUAACACGAAUUGUUGGACUAUCGGAACGGCAAGCAGAUGCAUUGACUCUCCAGGAUGGUCAUGCCGUAACCUUGGCAGAAUCAGAGCAACUUCUUCUUCUGUUUUUGUUACCACAAGACGGCUAUACAGCUGAACAACUGAAGGGAGCUCCCGACGGUCUUGUGCAAUAUUUGCUAUCCCUUCAAGAAAAGGGAUUGUGUCAUUCAGUACAAGUUCAAGAAGCGGUUCCGCCUAGUUGGAAAUCGUCGCCGACUACUCAACGAUCAGCACCGCCUCCAGUUCAACAACAACAGCAGCCUUCACCUCCAGCUCCUAAGGCUGUUGCUCGAACUUCUUCUCAAUCAACGCUUCAAAGUAUUCCAAACGCAGCAUUUGGUGAUAGCUUCGGAAGCAUGGGUGAAGAUAUUAUUCGAGUGGUGCUGAAACGUGGUGGAGGCGGUAUAGGGCUUAGUAUUGUGGCAGCUCAGGGCGUAGGCGAUCGUCAAGUGGGUAUUUACGUGAAAAAAGUCGUUCCGGGAAGCCCGGCAGCUCAGGAUGGUCGUUUGGCAGCGGGCGAUCAGUUGUUGUCAGUCAACGGUCAAUCAUUGCUGGGAAUAUCACAAGAAGAAGCUGCCGAAUACAUGGCUCGAGCCGGUGCCGAAGUUCGUUUUGACGUAAGGAAAGGAGCAGCUCUACGAAAUGGGCUUUCUGCAUGGCUUUGUCAACCACCUGCUCCUACUGCGCCAAUGGCACCAGUUACACACCACCAGACUUCAUUUCCACCAGCACAACAAACUGGCCAUUUACCGCAUUUUAAUGGAAAUGGAAAUUAUUCGAAUUAUGCUCCAUUGCCAAGCUAUGGUAGUCAAAUGUCCGUACAGACGACAAAUGGAUAUCAGAAGCAUCAGCCAUUGCCAAAUAAUCGAACGUCGGCCUUCGCACCCGUAUCUGGCAUAGGCGGUGAACCAAAUCGACAUGUUCGAUCGGUAUCGGCAUCAGAUCUUUACCAAAGCGAUCCGAACGCUUCCUACUCGCAAAGGUCUGUUACCGGAUCGACAACGGGCUUUGAUCGACUUCCUGCCCAUUAUAGGCAUUCGAAUAGGCCCACUGUUAUUCAACCAGGCAGACCUUCAGCUUCAUCGCCUUCGGCACUGAGGAGAGCACAAUCUCCUUCAUCGCUCUAUCGUCCUCCUAGCUCAACGACUUUGUUUGCUCCGCCGAGGUCUCCGAAUCCCCUGCAGCAACAAGGGUACAGUAGCGCUGGUCUAAGAGAGAGUAAUCAUGACAUUUAUAAGGCGAGUCAAACUUCUCCACCGGCAGCACACUCCUCACCACGUGAAGAACACAGAAUACCAACAAAUAAUAUGUCACAUCUUCCUCCAAUCAACACCAACUACUCGGCUUCUCUUCCUGCUCCGAUCAGUCGCGUCAACCAGCAGAACCCCAACCCGAACUAUGUGCAACAGCAGUCACGCAAUGUGCCGGUGAUCCGCUACAAUCCCAGAGGCCCUUCGUCGCCUUCAACGGUUCCGAAUGGAAAUGUUGGCGGGUACGCGAAACCGCCGAACUACAGCGCCCCUUCUUCUGCGCGCUCUCCCGAAGCAGCCGUAGUUCGGCCGAUUGCGCUGCAAGUGGAAAAACAUGAGUCGAAUGGGGGACCACUUCGGUUGCAUAGCGAACCGAGAUCAACAACGACCACCUUUGGCGUGAUGGCUCCAACCGCAUUUACACAGGCAUUACAAGCUGCUACAAAUCAAGAGGCACGAGUUGUUUUGGCUCCCCCGCGUUCUUCCGGUUUCGAGAGGGAGUUGCUGAAUCUCGAACGAACCAACACGGCGUUAAUGACCAGAGAAGCUGUCAAUCAAGAGCUAGAUCGCUUGGAUGCCAAAGGUAUCAAUAUGACUGAGGAUGAAACGAGACGAUAUAGGGAGUUGCUGAACAUUGCUACGGAACAAUCGCGAACUCGUGACGCUAGAAGUGCUGCCGUUGUAGCACCUACUACUAGCUAUAGUUCGGCUGAAACGACGAGGCUUUCUGCGGGAAAUCGCACUGAAACGCUGAUCGACGACGUUGACGUGAGCCCUGGACGGAGUGCGAUGCGCGAGAACAUAUCCCCAGGAGGUUACGAACGAAAGAGCGUACAAUUCAAGGAUCCCAAGGAUACAGAAUUGCUGGAUUCUCCAUCGAUCUAUGGCACCAACGAGAUUUAUCGAGAUUUGCGACAGCAACGGUUAAAUGAGCUGCAGGAACGUCAACAAACACAACAAGUGGCAGACGGCCUCGGAUUCCGUGACAAAAUGCGAAUAUUUGCUACCCAAUUAGGUGAAGGAACGCCGAAACCGCGCUAUAGCGCUAGUAGUGCAGAGCGACAAAUUCAAAAUGAACCCUGAGAAGCCUUGCUUUUUUUUCCUUUGUCAGCGCCAUCAAGUAUAUUGUUUUUUUAUCCAUCACUAUUUUCAUGUUAUUGCUAACAAAUGCUAUAAAAUGCCACUCAAUUUCCAUAGGAUUGUGCCUUCCAUGUUGUACAGUUCUUCCUUGCUUUUUCUUUUACAGCGAUUGCCUGCAUUGAACGUUUUACUUUGAAAUUUUAUGUAAUUUGAUCUUUUUUAAAUCAUAUUUUAUAACUGUAAGUAAGCUUUGAGUGCAAUGCCUUCUGCUUUUUAUCGUCCAUAGGAGACAGCAUUUUUUUGAUGCUAGAACUGGUUUUACUGCUCAUCACACAUCAACUGCGCCUUAUAAUUGACUACUUAUUUGAUCUGCAGAUGGCCGCGAAUUGCCUUUAAAAUCACCUCUUUGUGUUGUAAUUAUUUCACCCCCCUCUCUUUUCUUCCUGUUUUAGCAGCGAUGGUCAUUCUGCUGUUAUUUAUUUUCUUUUACGGUAGCUUACAGUAUACAGCUUAUAUAUGUGUCCAUAUUGUGCACGUUUAAAAUACUAAAAUGCAUGAAGCAGUGCUGUUCUUCUUGAAUUGUUGAACACAAAGUGAU